CUGAGUGUGAUUCGCGCCAAAAGUCAAGGUGAACCGGUACAUCCAGAUAGCAUCGGCUCCAUGGGCCCAGUACGAAUCGAUAGCCGUCCACGCGUCAAAACCUACGCGUCUAUCGAUGUCAGCACGUGCUCGAGACAAUUGAUCGUCUCAGAUUGCACGAGCGCGAACGAGGUCGGAGAAACUGACCUCAGAAUUUCCUUGCAGUUAACAGACAGCUGCCUGCUGAGUCGGUUUUCACAACAAUAA